UGAAUUCAUCUGUUUGUGUAUUGGCCAUGGGAGCAGUCCCCCCCUCCUCCCUCUCUCUCCCUCUCUCUUUCCUAUCCUCUCCCCCCUCCCUCCUACUGGUCUUCCCCUGGGGACUCUAUAUAUACCAGAGACCGAUCCAGGCACCUAUUGUUCCUCUAAGUAAACUUACAGACAGAUGCCCUGCACCACAGUGUGGAAGAGAGCCCAGCGAGUCAGGAGGAGGAAGACAGUUCAGGGUUGCAGAGAGAAAACCAGGCAACAACUGCCUGGAAACGCCGCAGGCUAGCGUCGCCUCUCCAUCCCUCGUCCGUCGGUUUCGCGCGCCUGCUGCCCGUUGGCUUGUUGUCCCUGUGGAGCGGAGGUCUGAUGCUCUGACACCAUGCUUCUGCUGAUAUCACUGCUGCUCACUGGACUCGACUGCUUGCUGGGAGCCCCGGCAGGCCGAGAGGUCUACAGGAUGCCCCAGAGUGCCCUUAAAGCUCUGUCUGAUCGUGGCACCGUAGUUCUGGAGGCGGCCAUGACCAGCGCCCUGUCCUCCCUGGAGCGCGCUUCAUCUGAGAGAAGUCGGGCUGAAGCAGGCUGUCGGGGCUGUGUCCCCUGUCUGUUUCAGGACUGUGGACAGCUGUCUGGCUCCUGUUUGUCUCCCGCUGAUGCCUUAUCAGAGCCCCGCUGCGAAGUCAUCAGCAAGGCCCAGAAACUUGAAGAUGAAGCUGAGCGGAGUUGGGCUCUGAGCCAGGCCUGUGCCUACUACCAGCACCGCUGCCCGCCGGCCGAACUGGACAAAGAGACCUGCAUCCGGAUCAUGGGGGAGAGCUGCAGCGCCCGGGUCCUCCAGUGCAGCCUGCUCAACACGAUGCAGAACCUGGAACCCGCCACGCAGACCCACGCGCAGGCGGUGUGCGGUCAGAGGUCGUCCACGGUGCAAAACGUCACACAGCCUCGCUCGCGGAUCGUGGGCGGCUCGCCUGCGGCUCUCGGGAGCUGGCCCUGGCUGGUCAACCUCCAGCGCUACGGUGGGAUGAUGUGCGGAGGGGUUCUGGUGGACAGCUCCUGGGUGGUCACUGCCGCUCAUUGUUUUGCUGGCAGCCAAAGCGAGAGCUACUGGACGGCCGUGGUCGGGGAGUUUGACAUCACCAAGACUGAUCCUGAUGAGCAGGUUCUCAAAGUGAAUCGCAUCAUCCCCCAUCCUAAGUUCAAUCCAAAGACAUUUAACAACGAUAUAGCCCUGGUGGAACUGACAUCCCCGGUGGUCCUCUCCAACCGCGUCACUCCGGUUUGUCUCCCCUCUGGCAUGGAGCCCCCUACUGGCAGUCCCUGUCUGGUGGCUGGCUGGGGCUCCCUUUAUGAGGAUGGUCCGUCUGCUGACGUGGUGAUGGAGGCCAAGGUGCCCCUGCUGCCUCAGAGCACCUGCAAGAACACCCUCGGCAAAGAACUGGUCACCAAUACAAUGCUUUGUGCCGGCUAUCUCACCGGGGGCAUAGACUCCUGUCAGGGAGAUUCUGGGGGCCCCUUGAUCUACCAGGACCGAAUCUCGGGUCGCUUCCAGCUCCACGGGAUCACGUCCUGGGGAGACGGCUGCGGGGAGAAGGGCAAGCCGGGAGUCUACACACGGGUGUCUGCUUUCUCCGACUGGAUUCAAGCUGAGAUACAGAAGUCAUUUGGAAGCAGAGAGCCAACGUGUUCGGAGCUUCUAAAGACAACAGAAAUGACAGCGAAGGAGCAGAGGUCGGAGUUCAGCUCGCUCUGUCGCUUCUACACCCUGAGCUGCCCCCCUGGUCAGCCGGCCAGCGCUUGCAACCGAAUGGCAGAGGACAAGUGCCUCACCCGCUUCAAGAAAUGUCAGUUACGUUCGUUCCUACAAACACUGUUGGACCUGCUGCAGAGGGCCGAGGACUACAUACGGGACAAAGUGGACUUGACCUUCUUCACCCAGACGCUUCCUCAGCUGGUGGAGCACAUCUACAGCACAGCUUCCACUCACACCAGAGAGAGGAGGGACCUGGGACUGAGCCAGCGUCUCACACAGAUUAAAGAACAGCUAGGUGGCGCUGUGGUGCCAACAGAGCAGGGUCCUUCUCCGGUUCCCCCGGCCUUAUUCAGAGAGGUGGGACCCUCAGUGGAUGACUGGGAGAAAUACUUGAGCGGCAUGGCUGAGGACCAAGACCUCACUGACACGUCCACUGGUCUCUCCAGCACACCAACCGUACAGGAGGACAAGCUUUUCCUACAGACGCAGGACUCCUCAAUACAUCAGCUGGAGGGAGAAUUUCAAUCCGUUAUCACGGCUCUACGCUCCAAAUUGUACUCCAGAUCUGCUCCUCCCAGCUUUCCCUUGGACACGGUUUACCUCCAGCUGGAUUCCUCCGACGCUUCCCCGUUAACUCCUCCUUCCACCGAAACACCUGUCCACACGGGCCCCUCCCCCCCGCGGGGAUCCCAGGAGCCGUGGUCCCUCCUGACUGCCCUGAGGAAGGACGUUGAGGAAUCGGGCACACGGGUCAAGAUUGUGACAGAGGACGGGUCAGAAAGUGCAACCUCGCACAAAAGAGAUACUUCUCCCGAUGCCAAAUGGAGCACAGCUUUGGAGGAGUUCACUUUUGCUGAGAACGAAGAAAGAACCGAAUUAAAACCCUCAGCGUUCCUGCAGGCGACGUCCGCCGCUCAGCCGGUCACUGAGCGAGCUCACGCGGAGACGACCGCCGACUCCAGUCAAGCCGUAAAGACUUUGAGUCCACGCAGGCCACACAGGAGCCUCCUUCGCAAGAGGCAGACGCCUGAGGCCAGCGGGAAAAUUUGUCCCGGGGUGCGAGAGUCCUCGCAGCAAGUCAGCCAAGUCAGGGACUCUUACAGCUGGGUCCUGAGCAUCCCGAGCAAGAACCUACGCAUGAACUUCCAAGAGGUGUUAGUUGAUCUGAGCACCAAGAAUAGUCGAGGACUGUAUCAGGCACGAGUCAGAGCAGUAGUGGGAGGACGACCUUUGACCUUCUACAGUCUCGUGGGCCUAGAGAAUGAGUCGUUCUACCGCAGCGUGCCACGGAUCAUCGCUUUGUCACUGGAGGCACUCAAGAGUUAACUUUAUCACGGCAACAAACGCCAAGACAUGGACAGACGACAGCGGAACAACACUCUCAAAGAGACAGCGGGAAGAACUCAUUGUGGGACAGAGAGACACAUUCAAAACUUUACUUGUUUGGCCUUCAACUUCUUUUUGGAGUUUCGCCUGUCUGAAGACUUAACUUUGGCUCUGAAUGAAAACACAACCACGAAUGUAUCAUUCAAACUAUCGCCACGCAUGAGCCCACAGGAUUUCUUUUUUUAAUGGGGCCUUGUCUAACUUAUGAAUCUGUAUGAAAUGAUAAGUUAUUUGUAUUGUCCUUUUGCGAAGGUUGAGCCUCUUGUGAAGCACACGGACUGUAUAUGUUAUUCAUAUUCUUACCAUAUUUAUUUGUAUAGAGAAAAGUAUUUGUAUUUUUGUAAAAGGAAAAAACUGUAUAUAAAUAAAAUUGUUAUUGAUACUA